UUACUUUUCCAAUUAAAGACCGACCAAUCAGCUUAUUCUUUUUUCCCAAGCAGAGCCUUCUUUUUUCGGUUGAACCAUCACAUUUAAAUGCCCAAAUUAUCCCUCUAAGAUCCCACACUUCCCAUCCCAAAACACUGAUAAAUGUUAUCGGGCAGUGGGCUUGUAGGAAUUUCACAAAGCCCCUGCCAUAAAAUCAAACAAAACGGUCACAUGAAACUUUACAGUUUGCACAACUUGGCUGGAUAUACGAGUCUUGAACCGAUCCCUGUCUCUCUCUGGCUCUCUCUGGCGAAGCGUACAUGAACAAAAAGGGGAGAAGAGAAUCAAGAGAUACUGAGGACAAUCCAAAGAAGCAAAGAAAAGCACCAGAAAAAGCAGCUGAAGCAACCAAAAGCUUCGAAGCAACAGCUUCAUCGGGCUCUUAAAAGCAAAACCCAAAACCCAAACCCAUCACCCAAGACGCCUCUGUAGGCUGGAACGCUCAAACCAAAAGUCUCUCGAAAUGGGUUUCUGCUUCUCCAGACCUCGUGAUAUCCCAAUCUCUUCUUCUUCCUCCUCUGAUGGUGAUUUUACUAAUCAUCACUACCAACCCAUACCCAUUACUUCCUCCAAAGAGUCAUUGGACAUCCCACCUCCUCUUUCAAUGUCUGUGCCUAAACCACCCACAUCUUCACAAAUUGGAACCGUUCUAGGCAAACCAUUAUGUGAAAUAACCUCGAUUUAUGAUAUUGGUAAAGAACUGGGGAGGGGUCAGUUUGGGAUCACCUAUCUCUGUACUGAGAAGUCCACUGGUUUGAAGUACGCUUGUAAGUCAAUAUCCAAGCGGAAGCUUAAGAGUGGGAAGGAUAUUGAGGAUGUUAAGAGGGAGAUUUUGAUUCUAGAGCACCUCACUGGACAACCCAAUAUAGUAGAGUUCAAGGGUGCUUAUGAGGACAAGCAGAAUCUGCAUUUAGUGAUGGAGUUGUGUUCUGGGGGUGAGCUUUUUGAUCGGAUUACGGCGAAAGGUAGUUAUUCCGAGCGAGAAGCGGCAGAUAUCUGUAGACAGAUUGUGACCGUGGUUCAUGUUUGUCAUUUUAUGGGAGUGAUGCAUAGGGACUUGAAGCCUGAGAAUUUCUUGAUGGUGAGCCGGGAGGAGAAUUCCCCGUUGAAAGCCACAGAUUUUGGGCUCUCUGUCUUCAUAGAGGACAAUGAAGUGUACACGGAUGUUGUUGGAAGUGCAUACUAUGUGGCUCCAGAGGUGCUGCGACGGAGCUAUGGGAAAGAAAUUGAUGUCUGGAGUGCUGGAGUCAUUUUAUAUAUUCUUCUAAGUGGGGUGCCUCCAUUUUGGGGUGAGAAUGAAAAAAGUAUAUUUGAUGCAGUAUUACAAGGCUACGUUGAUUUUGACAGUGCACCAUGGCCUUCUAUAUCUAGUUCUGCAAAGGAUCUAAUAAAAAAAAUGUUAAUGAAGGACCCUAAAAGACGGAUCACUGCUUCUGAUGCCCUCAAUCAUCCAUGGCUCAGAGAAGAUGGUGAGGCAUCAGACAAACCUAUUGAUAGUGCUGUUCUAGUUAGGAUGAAGCAAUUCAGAGCAAUGAACAAGUUGAAGAAACUUGCAUUAAAGGUAAUUGCAGAAAACCUAUCAGAAGAAGACAUCAAAGGGUUGAAACAAAUGUUUAACAACAUGGACACUGAUAGAAGUGGCACAAUCACAUUCGAAGAACUCAAAACUGGAUUGUCUAGGCUGGGGUCCAAGCUUUCUGAGUUAGAAAUAAAGCAGCUGAUGGAUGCUGUUGAUGUUGAUCAGAAUGGGACUCUUGAUUAUACUGAAUUCAUUACUGCCACUAUGCAGCGGCACCGACUAGAGAAAGAAGAGAACUUGUUCAAAGCUUUCCAGUUUUUUGACAAGGAUAGUAGUGGGUUUAUAACAAGAGAGGAGCUGAAGCAAGCCAUGACCCAGUAUGGAAUGGGGGAUGAAGCGACUAUAGAUGAAGUCAUUGAUGAUGUGGAUAUUGAUAAAGAUGGGAGAAUUAAUUAUGAGGAGUUUGUGGCCAUGAUGAAAAAGGGACCACAAGAUUCCGAGUGGAAGCAGAGAUAAGUUUAAUUGCUUGGAAGUUGUAUUUCAUGGAAAAAUAAGGAGCAGAAAGCUUUUAUUUGGCUUUUCUAAUUAAUAAACUGCUCCAGAGCUUCCCUGCGGCUGUUCAUAUAAAUUGCAGUAAUCAAAUUGUGGUAAAUUGCAGUGAUCA